GGUUAUUUCCCGAUUGGGUUGCUCUGACAAAGUUGUUUUGGCUGUUGUCAUAACUGAAGUAUUGGCUUGGCACCAAGCAAGGCUUCUCUCACUGCAUCCGCUAAAACAUGACCUGUGACUGGCGGGCUGAAAACAGAGAAGAGAAAGAGAGAGAAAGAGUCCAAAACCCAGCGCUGUUCAUUAGGACCCACAUCUGGCCCUGUGGCUGUAGUUCAGCAGAAGUGUUGAGGUGUGUAAUCUUGAUGAAUCUUUCAGUGUUUGUCGCUCUGUUUAAGGCAUGUGUUGUUUUACAGGGGAAUCUGCUGUGUUUUAUAGUGCUGUGACUAAUGCCUAUCUUGUCUAAUGUCUAGUCCCUACAAUUGUAUCUGAGUCUGUCUGCUCUGGCUAGCUGACACUAGAACUAGCUCCUCUCCCGCCAGGAGACUGUUUUGUCUUCAUAUCUGUUCGUAUCUAAUAACUGCAAUCUAAAUUGGGCUGUUUCUCAAUUUAGAACUUAGAAGAAAGUUCUCAGAUUUGUUAGUGUUCUGCAGUGUUCUGGGGUUACCAGGGAGACCAGGUAAACCUGGCCCAAACGGGCCUCCAGGGGAAAAUGGGAAUAUGGGAAUCCCAGGAAGAGACGGAAGAGAUGGCAGGAAGGGAGAGAAAGGAGAGAAGGGUGAAGCAGGGGUAAAGGGGAAACUCGGCCCAACGGGUAAACGUGGCGAGCGGGGUGUCCGGGGUCCAGGGGGGAAGAGAGGUCCUGAUGGAGAAUGCGGGGACGGGGGCCGACCAGGGCCACCAGGGCCCCUUGGGAAGAAAGGGGACAAGGGCCAGCGAGGACCACUGGGUACGGCAGGCAUCUGCAGGUGUGGCAGCCUGGUGCCUAAAGCAGCCUUCUCUGUGGGAAUCACCAGCAGUUACCCUGCUGAGAAGGAACCUAUCAAGUUCAACAAGGUCCUCUUCAAUGAGGGAGGCCACUACAACCCAGAGACGGGUAAGUUCAUCUGCGCCUACCCGGGCAUCUACUACUUCUCCUAUGAUAUUACCCUGGCCAACAAGCAUCUGGCCAUCGGGCUGGUGCAGAACGGGCAGUACCGCAUCAAGACAUUCGAUGCCAACACAGGGAACCAUGACGUGGCCUCUGGGUCACUUGUGAUGUUCCUGAACCCAGAAGACGAGGUGUGGCUGGAGAUCUUCUUCAAGGACCAGAAUGGCCUGUUUGCAGAAGCAGGGUGGUCUGACAGCCUGUUCUCUGGAUUCCUGCUCUAUGCAGACACAAACUACAUGGACUCACUAGCAGAGGACUACGCAUAGUGACUUAUAACACUCAAUAAAGGACUGAGAGGGCUGAGUUUGUAGCCUCCCCUUGACAUAUUUACAGUAUCUAUAUUUCAGCAUGUAUUAUUUAUAUACUAUAUAACUAUGUGGGUGUACAAUAUGCAUGCAUAUGCAAGCGUGUGUGUAUGAGCUUAUGUAUUGUGUAGUGAGAAACAUAAUUUUUUUUAAAUGCUUGUUUACAAUGUUUGUCUGGAGAAAAAUGUCUAAGUAUCUCAAAGUGAUAUGUUUCAUUAAUAAAAUUAAUAAUAUGCACUCAGUCGGUAAUGAAUCUACCCUGUACUCUCUUUUCAAAGUAUUGAGUAGUAUUAGAGUUGAAAAAUAUUAGUGUUGAAGGCACAAGUACUAUACAGCCAGUGCGGAGAUAUGAUAUACAGUUGAAGUCGGAAGUUUGCAUACAUCUUAGCCAA